AUGACCUUUUCUAUCUUGGAACGCAUCCCUCCGAUAUUGGGUCACCCUGUCUUGAGACUUCAGGACAUACGUAUGGCUCCCUUCACGUGGCGCCACGUGGCGCCGAUGCGGGAACGUCGGGUUCCUAUAUGGAAUAUAAUACGAGCAACUGAUACGAUGCUCGGUCAGGAGUUGCUUUUGUCUCGAGCUUCUGGAUUGACUAUUGGGCCUCCUUUAAGACUCAAGAGCAUCUUUCUCCAUUCAGAUUUCUUUCGGGAUCGCAAACACGUAUCCUUGCCUGUGUAUGGAGGCUUAUGCCACGCAAAGCACAUCUACAAUGAUGAAAACGUUCAAACCAUUGUCCAGACGAGCUCAACGGAAGCGUUGAACUCUGAGCUGUCUCCACGGAUACCAAUUUUCUCAACGAGUACCGGGAGGCCUUUCUUAGUUAAUAACGUGAGGGGAAUUUUCGAGGCCAUCAUUUCAGAAAUAUUGACCCCAAAGAUUGAAUGGAACGGCGUGGUGCAGGGCGUGGUUCAACGAGUCAGCGAGAUUGCAGCCUCCGAAUGCGAAGUGCUUGUCUUCAGAAUCUCUCUUCCAGUCCAUGAUCUUAUCUCUUUCUUCCAAGUGGAACUCCCAGGGUUAGAGGCCAGGACACAGGAGCUAGUUCCAUGGAUCUCUGAUAAGAACAACGAUGGGUGGGGGCCGAGAGGCUUUGCGCAGCCCAAAAUUGUAAUCGUGGGAAUGUCAUGUCGGAUGCCCGGAGGAGGGAAAGACACGGAGAAAUUCUGGGACCUCCUGGAGCAAGAGCUGGAUUCCCAUUUUGAUCCUACAGGAAAAAGGGUGAAUGCUAACCACACACCAUACGGCUGCUUUAUCGACGAACCUGGCUUAUUCGACGCACCAUUUUUUAACAUGUCCCCUCGUGAGGCGCAACAGACUGAUCCAAUGCAAAGAAUUGCCUUGGUGACGGCGUAUGAAGCACUUGAGAGAGCAGGUUGCGUUGCCAACCAGACCGCAGCUACGAAUCUCCAUCGCAUUAGGACCACCUACUUUAAUCCAGGUGGAUCUCGUGCGCUCGGCCCAGGACGCAUCAACUAUUUCUUCAAAUUCUCUGGGCCAAGCUUCAGCAUCGAUACGGCAUGCUCGUCUAGCCUAGCCACGAUACAAGCUGCCUUCACUUCCCUCUGGAACGGCGCCUGUGACACGGUGGUGGCGGGAGGAAUGAAUGUCCUCACGAAUUCUGAUGCUUUCAACGGUCUCAGCCAUAGCCACUUCCUCUCCAAGACCCCUAGCGAAUGUAAGACUUGGGAUUGCGAAGCCGAUAGAUACUGUCGCGCCGACGGAAUUGGGUCUAUCGUGAUGAAGCGCCUCAAAGAUGCUGAAGCCGAUAAUAAUAAUAUUCUUAGUAUAAUCCUCGAAGCUAGAACAAACCAUUCACCAGACGCGAUCUCUAUUGCACAUCCGCAUGCUGGUGCUCAAUCUUACCUAGAAAGGAAAGUCUUGAGUUAUGCGGGAGUAGAUCCGCUCGAUGUCAGCUUCGUGGAAAUGUAUGGGACUGGCACGCAGGCUGGCCACCACGAGGAGUUGCAGUCCGUCAGUGAUGUCUUCGCACCUGCCGUGAGGCGUCGUAGUCAAAAGUAUCCGCUUUACAUUGGGACAGUCAAAGCGAAUGUUGGUCAUGGAGGGACUGUAACUGGGGUGACGGCAUUGCUCAAGGUUCUCCUCGUGUUCCAGAAAAGCCUCAUUCCGCCUCAUGUCGGCAUUAGGAACAGCAUCAAUCCAGAGUUUCCCAAGGAUCUAAACAAGCGCAACCUUCGCAUUCCAUACGAGAAACAACAUUGGCCUCGUGUUUCUGGCAGAAAGCGAAUUGCUUUUGUGAACAAUCUCAGCGCAGCGGGUGGGAACACAUCGAUUGCGAUUCAAGAAGGGCCAAUUCGGGACGUCAACCAAAUUGACCCUCGCACCACCCAUGUUAUUGCAGUCUCCGCUAAGAAGCAUAUGAUUGGUUAUUUGGAUGCUAAUUCGGAUAUUUCACUGUCAAACCUCUUCUACUCGACCACGGCACGUCGCCAUCACCACAAUCAUCGAGUGGCAGUAGCAGCUUCUGAAGUGACCCAAAUAACAAAGCAGCUCACUUCAGACCUCCACUCAGUCAAUUCUCACAAGCCAAUUCCUACCGCUAGACCACCUUCAGUCGCGUUCGCUUUCAUAGACCAGGGAUCGUCUUACAAAUUCUCUCGCUCAAGGUCAAGGCCAUCUGAAAGAGCAUGCACAUUCACCAGCGUCACCCAACUUGCUCUUGUCUGUGUUGAAAUUGCGCUUACUAAGUACUGGACUUCUUUGGGCGUCAAGCCAAAUGUUGUAAUCGGACACAGCCUUGGAGAGUAUACUGCCUUGCAUGUUGCGGGCAUGCUUUCAGCCAGCGAUGCCAUUUUCCUCGUAGGACAAAGAGCUAAGAUGCUCGAAGAGAACUGCAAGAUUGGGAGCCACAAGAUGAUGGCUGUGAGGGCCUCACUUAAUGAAACCGACCAAAAUGCUGGGGAAAGGCCAUACGAAGUCGCGUGCAUCAAUGGGCCAAAGGAAACGGUGCUCAGUGGGACCGUGGAGCAAAUCGAUGCACUGGUGGAACCUCUCCAAGCGGAUGGUUACGAAUGCUUUAGCUUGGAUAUACCUUUUGCAUUCCACUCGUCACAAACAGAUCCAAUCCUUGACGACUUCGAGGAUGUUGCAAAGUCUGGUGUUCACUUCCAUGCCCCGAAUAUGCCCGUCAUAACACCGCUGCUAAGCAAAGUCAUCUUUGACGACAAAACGGUAAACGCGAGCUACUUGAGACGUGCCACGCGGGAACCAGUUAAUUUCCUUGCAGCGCUGGAGAUAGCACAGCGAAUCGGAACUAUCGAUGAUGCAACUACUUGGGUCGAAAUUGGGCCUCAUCCCGUCUGCAUGGGUUUCGUUAAGGCCACUCUGCCGUCUGUCAACAUCUCCAUCCCAUCGAUUCGCCGGGGAAAAAAUAAUUGGGUCACGAUAGCGCAAAGUCUUGGAGCCUUGCACUGCGCAGGGGUGCAGCUAGGCUGGAGUGAAUUCCACCGACCUUUUGAGGGGGAGCUUCGACUACUGGGCCUGCCUACUUAUGCUCUCACGAAAGGCGACGAUUUCUACGACGCCGAAAAGGGGCUAACACAAAAAGCACUUGUGCCUGCUUCGCACUCCAGUCUGAGAACCUCAACGGUUCAGCAGAUUGUAGAAGAAACAUUCCAAGGACUGGCAGGGAAAGUAGUCAUGCAAGGGGAUUUGAUACAACCAGACUUCCUCGCUGCGGCCCAUGGGCACAAAAUGAAUGGAUGUGGUGUUAUCACCUCGUUAGACUUACAUUUUGGGCGGUCAAUUCAUGCGGACAUCGCAUUUACCUUGGGGGAAUACCUCUACAAGAAGCUCAUGCCAAAUGUCAAAGACGUAGCCAUGAACGUAGCCAACUUGGAAGUUCUCAAAGGCAUCGUCGCGAAAGAUAAUACGAAAACGCCUCAGGUAAUCCAAGUUUCUGCUGCGACCCCGGAUAUUCACUCAGGCCUUGUUCAUCUCCGCGCCAACCUGUACUAUGGCGACACAUCAGAAUGGCUCGCAUCCUGGGUUCUCAUCACUCAUCUCGUCCAGAGCCGUAUCGAGGCCAUCCAACGCCUCGCUGAAGGAGUUGCUGAUCGAUUCUCUCGCAACAUGGCGUAUCGUCUCUUUGCCAACAGUCUUGUCGAUUAUGCUGGCAAAUAUCGUGGCAUGCAAUCCGCUGUUCUUCACGAAUUGGAGGCCUUUGCCGAUAUGUAUCCGGCACGGUCGAUACUAAAACGAACUUCUGCGUCACGCCUGGUUGGAGCUCAAUGCGUUUUGCCCGCCCACUCGUUGCUGGAAACAAGUACCGCUUCUAUUAAGAUGAUACCCGCUGCAGAAGACCCUGCUAUUUACUUGGGUGAUGCGUACAUCCUUCCGGACGGCGUGAUCAUUGGAAUGGUGGGUGGCAUCAAGUUCCGCCGAUACCCACGACUGCUCCUCGAUCGCUUUUUCUCUGCACCGGAUGAACAAGCACCCAAGCGUGGUGUUGCACCUGCAUCUAAACCAACUCUGGCCCAAGCCGAAGUAGCGACUGAGGCAACUUUGGUCCCCACACCUGUCCCAGCACCAGCUCUAGUUCCGACCGCAGCCGCCAUCGUCUUCAACGGCGUUGAAUCCAAUAGAAAUGUGAAAUUGGGAAAUGGCGAGGGAUUUGAUGAUGAGGUGGAAGUGGUUGCAUUUGGAGAGGUGCUUGUUUCCACUGACGGGAGCUUUGAUGGGUUUGACACGAAGUGCGGAGGGCGGCCAGAUAUUUCAUCACUUACCAUUCUGAUAAGAGUGGGCACUGAGAUAUACAUGACUCGAUCUGCCAGGAUGCGUCAUAUUAACGAACACCGAAAUUCCAUCUCCGACAUCCGACUUCCGAUAUCAAUAGUAUACAGAUGGCGCCAAGUCCCGAUGCCCGAGUGUGUCCAUAAGCACAAGCACUCUACGCUCUUGCUACAAGAAUAUUCCUCCCAGAGCGAUAGCACACCCGGAAUCUCUCGAGUCAUUCCAUUGCCACUCUUUUUUGAAAGCAAUGCUUUCAGCCCGUCAUUGAACCCAGACUCUAGAAUCGAGAGCCAUUGGGUUGACACAGCUUUGCGGGGGGAAGACGCCUGGAGCAACCGGGGUCCAGGACGCGAAUCAAUCAACAAAAUCCCAGACCAUAGUCUUCCUCUUCGAAUGAUUUAUUCCCGUCGGUACUCAGACGUAGCGUUCGCAGUGAAGCCUGAAGAUCAUGUUACUCCUAGUCCGCAGCGGGUGGGAUACUGCGGUGCUGAGGCGAUGCCCAGGAAUUUCAAUCUUAGACAUAGGCGGGAUUACUUGAAUUAUAUUCGGGGAGUGGAAAUCCAAGGUAUCUUUUUCAUUCAUCCGCAUCGUCUACAAAUUCGUUGGUCUAAUUGGGUGUCACAUUGUUGCAAGCUGCCACGAGAGAUCAAUCUUAGGCCAUUGGGGGGCCAUUUCAAAAAAUUUAUUCCGGUCCUAGUUCAGACGGCACAAGUCGAAAUGCUCAACGCUUGUAUUGCAUCUAGAAAGAUCCAAGGCGUCCAAAUCCAAAUCAUAGGCUUGCUCCAUGUUGCAGUCACGGGAAUUCUCAUUUCCAGACUAUUAACUGCUGUUUCCUGGAUUCUAUUCCUUUCUCAAUAUAGAUAUCAGUGCCCAGAUCUAGAACAAGAGGAAGAGCCUCGAAAUAUGAACCAUGCAAAUUUACUAUCAACCUUUAUUGAACUUCUGAGAAGACGUCAAUUGAAUACUAGAAUGUCCAUCCCCUUUCCUAAGCAAAAACGAGCUUCCAAUGUUCUGUCUCUCACGCGUCAGGCUUUCUCAAAGGCGAAAAAAGAGCUCGAGUGUAGUCACCGGAAUUCUCGAUGGUCGAAGAAGGGAGGUUCCAACAAGGAUUUUCAUUCGAAUGCUUUCUUUCCAGCCAGCGCCAGCCCCUGA